CACAAGUCAAACUGUCCGACGUCCAGCCAUGCAGGGACUGUAACGCAUUUCGGAUUGCGGGUCUGGAUAAUUCCUUUUUUUUAGCGCUCCUGUGCCAUGGCUCCGUUUGGAAAAAACUUCCUGAAAGCUCGACUGAAAAACAGGACCAAAGAUGCUGAGACCAUACCAGGAAAAGAGAUUCAGGUUACUGUCUGCAAUGAGGAGAAGGUUGUCUGCGGAGUAACGAAGCACACAACAUGUGCAGAUAUGAUUCAGGCGUUAUUGGAGGAUCACAAGUCAAUCCCAGAGAGCCAGCGGCUCCUGCAUGGAGAACCCAAAGACUUCUGUCUUGUUGAGAGGUGGAAGGGUUUUGAAAGAGCCUUGCCUCCUCUCACCAGAAUCUUGAGGCUCUGGUACGCUUGGGGUGACCAGAGACCCUGCAUCCAAUUCAUUCUAGUGAAAACCAGCGAUUUUGUGCCUCAGCCUGCUAAGAAGGGUGGAAAGUCCAAGGGCACCAAGCCUAAGCGAUGGGAGCAUGGUCGCAGUCAGUAUCCCCAGUCCCUUCCAGUGGAGAAACAAAAACGCAUUGUGAAGAAAGCUUUCCGAAAACUGGAGAAACUUCACAAGGAGAGCAAGAGCUCCCCUGGCACUGAGGAGAUCGAUCGUAUGGUGCAGAUGAUUCUGGACCAGGACCACACAAUUCGGGAACAGAUUCAGCGAAUGAGGGAUCUGGAUUUUGAGAUUGAGCAUUUUGAGGAUCAAAUGCAGAGAGAAGCUGAAGAGUCUGAGAGUUCACUGGCUCAAGCUUGUGGGCUGAGUCUGGAAGUGGACGAUGUGGAGCAGCUGCAGGAGUACCUGUUCACCAGCGAUGGAGUUGAACAGCUGGAGCUGCAGGUUCAGAGGCAUCAGGAGCUCAUCCUGCAGCUAUCUCUGGAUAUUGACACUGAGCUGAGGAGGGCAGAAGAGGACAGUGAACAGGAAGGAGCUGUGGCUGCUUCCUGGAUCCCGUCUGAAACAGAUGAUUUAUUCUACACUGCCGAACUCGAGAGGAUGCAGACAGAACUGCAACAUAGCCUCUUAACCGGCGUAUCCCUUCACAACCAAGCUGUAGAAAUAGACAAGCAGCUACAGUACUAUGACGCUACGCUGGUCUCCAAGGACCAGGAAUGCUGGCAGCUAGCUGCUCAUCUCAAUUCACUGCAAAUCGGUGACAGCACAGAGGAGAAGUCAAGUCCUGUCCCUCUUAAAAGUGAGACUCAAUGCAGCGUCUCACAGACAGUGAAACUCAAACACAGCCUGUCCCCUCUAGACAUUACAGACACAGACUCAGACACUGGGAUUAGCUCCACACACAGCCAGGACUCGCUGUCACCCUGUCUCGACUUCCCUCCCCCACUGGACACAGACGUUUGAACAACCUAGUUGACCCUGCAAUUUAAUCUUCUAUAGGCACUA